UAUCCCUUUCGCCUCCAAUUAGCACAAGAGCCAAGGCCGAGGUGUGGCUUUGGAGUCGGUCUGGACUCAACACAAGAACUACUUUCGACCUAAACUUUAUACCAAUCGUUGACGAAUUGGUGCACUAUCCGACGUGAUGGUAAUUGCGUGCAUAAGGUAAGGUUGGUUGAGAUUUCGACUACUGUGAAGGAUGGAAAUUUAGGCCGUGAAAUUAAUGAACAAAAUGCCUCUUGGAGAAAAUACCUCGAUGCUCCUCGGUCCACAAUGAUUCAGCAUGCAAGCAAUAUAUCCCCAUCCUGGCAUAGAUAUCGUCAACUCGAAUCAAGGGCCGCGAUAUGCUCGCUCUGUGCUCGCCAGAGAGAUAUACGAAGCAUGCAUCGUAACUUGCUGCACGAUAUUGCCAAGCAAAUUAAAUCCUUCUUGGGGAGAUAUCCCCGAGAAAUUCUGGAAAAUACCCAGUUAAAAGGAUGCCGCAGUGGAGAUCCGGGGAACCAUUGUGCGGGGAAUGGACAGCCAAAGACUAGCUUCAUGCCGGAUCAAAUAGCUAGAUUAAACCUAAAUUUCUCGCCUCGAAUUUCCAUGGGGCUGGCGAUCGACAGGAUCAAUGCUCGCUCAGCUGCUGAUGACUGUUUGACAGUGCAAAUCUCCCGCUGGUCUAAACUUGAGGCCAGAGGUACGGUAUCUUCAAGGAGUCUAUUCGGUAUUCGGUAUUCCGGUAUGCUCUAGUCUUGUUAGCAUCGAGCGAUUCAGGACUAAUGCACGGAAAGAAAGCCAAAACAGGUCCGCAGCGCCAGACCCAAGGAGUAAUUCAGAUAAGAGGUUCUGAUUGUAGUCGUGGAGUAUGCUAAGGACAUUCUGCUACUGUAGCUCGUCC